UUUCGAUUGGUACAAUCUUCGUCCAUAUGUGGUCGAAGGGUAUAAUACACGUUACCAUUUUCAAUCUACCAAUCGUGUUUUCUGUGCUUGCGAAUAUAGUAAGAACAGAAUUAUACGAAUGCGAACGGAUCACAAUAUCCGAUAACGUUUUUCACCAUACUUUAUUUAACAGCCAUUAAUGAUCAAGUACAGAAUUGCAUUAAUAUGUAUCGUGUAAGAAGUUGUUGAAGUCUUUUAUAAACGUUCCUUAAUAUUACAGUACCAUUAUUGUAUAGUUUUCAGUGAUAAAAGUGGUAAAAAUAUGUCUUCAAAGCGUAUACGGCAAGAAUAUAAAGCACAUACUAUCAAUAGUAGAAACCUUAAGAUGAAUUUAAGUCAUGAUACAAGUAUUGAUAUUCAUUCUCCAGCUCACAAGGAUUCAAAAAGUCAGAAAACAAUUAAGAAACGUCUCAUGUUUACCGAUACAGAGCAUAAACAGAAAAUUUAUAGUAAAACACACAAAAAGUCACCAAAGGCUGCAUCUCCUGGAAAGACAUCUUCAAUUGACACUCCAAGAUUGCUAAAAAAUCCAAAAACAUUGACUCCAACAAUGAAAUCUCCAAGAAAAUCACAGAAAUUUAGUAGUCCAUUUAAGGCCAACAGUUUGCAAUUACGAUCAAAUUAUUCUAAUAAUAGUGUAACUACACCACGUUUAUCAAAACAGGAUACACAAAAAAGUUUCAAAGAUUCCUCUGAAAUAUUGAAGAAAAAGAAGAGUGCAACUUUGAUUAGCAUGAAACAGGCAUUAAGAAAGUCUCCAAAGAUUGUAAUAACAUCUCCAAGCAUUGAAUCUAUUCCCUACACCAAUGAAAAAAGACAGUCACAGUUAAAAAAGGGAAAAUCUAAAAAAAAUUCUGAUACUAAUAGAACAAAAAUCAAGAAUACAUCUGCAAGUAAUAUAGAUGUAAGUAUGUCCAUGAAGGAUGUGUAUGGAUUAAAAGAACCUAUAGUUGUACUACAAAAACUUCCAAAUGUUAAUUCGCAUACACCUCCUUUGGUAAAAAACCAUGUAAAAAGUGUAAGAAAUAGUAGCAGUAAUUACAGUAAUACUAGUCCAAAAAUUUUCAAGUCUGUGAUUGGUAGUCCAUUGGAAAUAUCAAAAUUGAGUGGGAAAAGACACUUGAAAACAAGAAGUACCAAACAAAAUAUUUGGUCACCUUCUAAAGUACAAGAAAUCAUAGCAGUUUGUCCUUUGAAAGCAUCUACUCCAAAAGAAAAAGAGCAACUUGAUCAAGUGACUAACUCUAAUGAAUUACACAUUGAACAAGAAGUACAAGAUAAAAAUGGAACAUAUGAACUUGAUGAGCCUAAGACUCCAAGUUUACGAAAGAAACUGCAAGAGAGACAGAGUGCCAAGAAAGCGAAUUCAAUGGCGAAUACGGCGAAAAAAAAUGUAAAAGUACGUUUUACAAGCCCUUUACCAGAUUCGAGAUGCAUAUAUGGCCUUCGUAGUCAGAAAGACCAAGUUAAAGAUCCUAAUAAUGUCACGAUUGAAGUAAAGUUGGACAAGAAAUUAGCGCGAUCACCAGUGCACAGACAAUCGCAACGCAUAAGCAAUGGAAACAUUCCUGGUGUCAAUUAUUUAACCCCUACCCCUAAAUCGUAUCAUAAAUCUAAGAGUACUGCCAAUGUAAAUAUUUCUUCACCAUCAUCAUUCAAUUUCUCCGUUAAAACGCCAGAUUCGAAAUAUUCUUCGACAAAGAAAGUUCCAAAUUUUGCAGAAAUUCAUAAAAAGAUGUUUGCCAAAUCGGAGUCCGUCGUAGAUGCAAAAAGACGAUUGGAGAGACGGCAUAUGGCGCUGACCGCACUGAAAGUCAAAGAGUUGACAAGACAUAAAAUUAACUCCAAAGAAGAAAGUGUUUUACCUAACGAACCAUGUCGCGGCUCUUAUAAUCGGUUUGGAUUCAAGAUAACCAAAACCGACGCAAUCAAUUCAAUUAUAAAACAGCGUAGUUCGCAUUUAAUAAGGACUAAACAACACCAGAAGAGUAGACAGAUUCUGAAGGGCGUGCGAACAAAUCGACGUUUCGAACUUCAAAUGAAAUCUAGAAAUAUGAAGUAGUAGGGUCGAUUCUAUUCCUUUUUUAUAACAUGUUUUUUAUUGUUAGAGAAGGCCUAUAUUGUUUACAUUUCAUUGAUUGCAAGAAAAUCUCUAUACUCGUCAGUAUUCCUCCAUACUUGUUUCUUAUCUUUUGCAUUUUGAGAAUUUUCUUUUAAUUCCUUUAAUUCGCAUCUAUUGUACUCGGCAGAGAUGGGUAAAAUUUAACGUGUAUACCAAAAGACGAAUAAAAUACAAUAUAGUGAUUGGUGGUGAUUUAAUUUCAAGUUUGUAUCUCUUCUUGUUUGUGGAGUAACAUUAUCAUUGUUACUGUCCACUGGAUUUUUUAAUUCUAAGUUUCAUUUAACGAAUGAUUGAUGAACGUUUAUUUAUUAUCCGUUGUUUCAAAUUUUCGCGUAGGUGAGAAUUUUCCCCAUCUCUGGUAUCGAGGCAGGCAGGUGUAUGUAUUCUUGUUUGUAGAAUAUUUAUCUAAACUGAGGUAUAAUACUCGAUUAUGAUACAGUAAUUGUGGAAAAUGAAUGUUUUGAAUAAAAAAUAAAUGUUACUUGUCACAUUAUGACCUAUGCGUAUGUGUAUGUAUAUGUGUACCUAGCUGUGUCCAAUUUGGAUCAUUUUAUCACCUCGUAAACGAGGUAUGUCUCGUGUGUUCUUUGUGUAAAGUAGAAAUAAAUGUGUGACGUGUCAUAUCCUUAUCAAACUGAAGAAUUAAUGUCAUCGACUGUGUGCAGACGUACAUUUAGCAUAGAAAAUGUAUUCAACCGCAGUGCUUAUGUCUGUGGAGACGCACGCGCUCACGAGCUUAGGGAGAACCUUUUGUAGUGGUAAAAGGUGGUGGAAGGAUAUUCUGCGUCAGCUGUAUACUCAUUUAAUAAUGUUCCGUACAUGCUAUUAUAGAUAUCGUCGGUAACAAUCUUUACAUAUUUAUCGAAACGUUUAUCAGUGUUUAAAAGAUCGACGGAAAGUAAAGUGCAUCAUUGAACUCCGUCACAAACAGCUGUUUGCAUUACAAAAUUUUGAAGACCGCUGACAAAAUUCGUUUCAUUGUUUUAACAUUAUCAUAGUGGAAAAGCAAGUACAAACAGGUUAUGCAUCAUAAAUGUUGGAAUUACUUGGAUAGUCCCCGUAUUUAAUUCUGAAGAAUUCAAGAUCGUAGGAAAAACGAUCAAAAUGGUACCUUUCAGUGGUUUUCUCAUCUAGCUGUCAAAUAAAUAGACAUAACCCAACAUAUAAAUUCAAGAUAACGGGUGAAAUAAUUAAAAAUGGAUGUGUCGAUGAGGCUAGAAGCUAUAAUAC